GUGUACAAUGGGAGCGCCUUUUACUGCUUCUCCGUAGUGAUCAUCGAAAAUAGGAAACAGCAGACAUUUUGGCUCAGAUACUUCAUGAAUCUAAAGAAUGAAUAUAUGACUACAAUAGAAACAUGUGUAGACUCGUUUUGGUUUUCUAAAGCCAGUGGAGAAAAUAAGUACAAUUUAAAGUCAGUUCAUCAGCAUACAUUUCUAUUAUCGUAGCCAUUAGUACUGGCUUGUGAACGAGGAUCCAUUUGAAGAGGGACGCCAAAACAAAUCUAUAUGAGUCGGUGAAUAUGGACGGGUGGAGUCCAAUUGUUGCAACAGCCUCCGACGAUGAACGUUCAAGCUCCGAGGGUGAAUACACGGUGCAGGCUGGACCAAGAGAAACGGAGAAAGAGUGUGAACUUGAUAGAAAUGCUGAGAGAAUGGAUGGAGGUGCUGCUGUUGGAUUUGGGAUGACAGGAUUUGGGGAAGGCACCGUGAGAUUGAGUCGUACAGGACAGACCGCUGAACAAGAACUUCGGUACCUCCACUUGCUAUGGGAACCCAGUCGAGUUGGAUCCGGGGUGUGUGGCGCGAGCAGUAAAACCGGGAAGAUGACCGGGACUAGAGCGAGGCGACAAGUUAGAGCCCUGCGAAAUGCUGGUCCCAUUGGAAAAGAUAUUUAUGCUGUGAAGCGGUUUAGAGAAGCUGCCAACAGCAACGACAUUGAUACAGUGCGCAGGCUUCUUCAAGAAGAUAUAGACCCUUGUGCAGCAGAUGACAAAGGAAGAACAGCCCUACAUUUUUCCUCAUGUAAUGGCAACGAGAGCAUCGUGCAACUUCUUCUGAGCUAUGGUGCUGACCCUAAUCAGCGGGAUGGCCUUGGAAACACCCCACUCCAUCUGGCAGCCUGUACGAACCACGUUCCGGUUAUCACCACGCUGCUGAGAGGAGGAGCUCGUGUGGAUGCCUUGGACCGAGCAGGAAGGACGCCCCUGCACCUGGCACGCUCCAAACUUAACAUCCUCCAGGAAGGAGACUCCAGGAGUAUAGAAACUCUACGAGGGGAAGUCACACAGAUCAUUCAGAUGCUUAGAGAGUACCUCAAUGUAAUGGGACAGAGUGAGGCAAGAGAGAGACUGGAGCAUAUCUCCACACAGCUGCAGCACACACGCACAAAAGAACAGGUUGAUGAAGUUACUGAUUUACUGGCCAGCUUCACAUCGCUCAGUCUACAGAAGCAGAAUUUGGAUGAUAGGUAGAGUGGCUGGGCACAGAAAAAGGGUUGGAAAGGAAGAGAAAUUAGUGUUUACUGUGCAUUUCUUUUUGGAUACAUUCUGUUUACUGCUGGUUUGUAAAUUAUUUUAAUAGGCAUACUACUGUGAAAAUAAAAUACAAAUCUUAAUGAGUUCAUUACCCUUGACAGAUGUUGUUGGUCUAUCAACAACAUUCUGUCAUGGUGUUUUUUUAUUUUGUCUUGCAUGUGUUGUACAUUGUAUAUGGUAAGAAAUGUAAUGUUUGUUGUAAAUGGUUGUAACAAUCUGAGUUAAUGGAUUAAUAAAAUAUGUUUGGAAAUA